AUGUCAGACGACGAGUUUCUGGACCGUCUCCAGGAGAUCACCGGCCAAGACGCCGAUGUCUGGACCGACUUCAACCCUUCCAAGUGGCGCACUCUGCCGCAGUUUGAUGGCGCCUCCGACCUUGAUUAUGACCUAGGCAAAGACGACUUCUAUGACGACGCCGACGAAGAAGACGACGGCAAUUACGGUUCCGAGUACGACGAAGCGCCGGGGUUGCUGAACAUACACAAACUAACGCGGACCGAAAGGAUCAUUUCUAAAAGGGCGGCUGCUGCCGCUGCUGGUGGUGGUGAUGGCGAUACUAGUGGCCUGUCUGGCAAGCUCAACAAGGCCCGCGAGUAUGCGGCUGGCGAGGUGGCUUUUCCCAAGGCCGUGGCCAAACUGGAGAACCACAUCUGGAAGGACACCGGACUGGAACUGGGCGAGCGCUCUGAUGAAAGCGAACGCUUUGUGCCCUGGAAGCUCAUCAUUCACUACCCGGAUUUAUUUGUGGGCAAGGCGAACGGUGUUCGGGCCGCCCCGCUGUUUACGCUCGAUGCCCUUCAUGAAAACAGGGUCUGGGAUCUUUACUACAUCCACGCUCCCCCGGAUAUGAAGCUCAAGCCGGUGAUUUUCGCGCCGACUCAUCAGUUCCAUCAUCUCCUGGACGUGGUCAACGCCAAGCUGGACACCCAGCUGACCAUCCCGGGCGGCAAGAAUGCAGAGAGGUUCGAGAUGGAAUUCGGCGCCGAUGGCGGCCCUGUUCCUCGCUUCUUAGGCCGUUCGGAGAGUGCCCAGACCUUCAACACCCUAUCCGAGGCCAUUCCGGAGGCGCACCCGGACGACGACGUGACUAAAAUUACUACCCAAUUCGGCGUCGACGAGUUUAGGUUCCUCCUCAAGCAGACCCGUGUCGAGGAAAAGAAGACCAAGAAGGCCGACAAGAACCGUGCGAAACGCCUUACGGCCCACCGGGACUGGGCCCGAUCCAUCAAGCGAGUCCAGAGGUACCUUGGUCUUCGUAGCCGCGAAGUGGAGGGCCAGGUUGAGCCCAUCGAUGUGGACUUGUUGAAGCACGUCGCUCACGAGCCCGAGGGCUCCGUUCUGUUUGUGGCCAUCGAUAUCGAGGCCUGGGAGAAGGACCACAACAUGAUCACCGAGGUUGGCAUCGCCAUUCUGGACACGCUCGUUGUCCGACCCAUUCCCCCUGGUGAAAAUGGCGUGAACUGGCUGCCGCUCGUCGAGGCCCGUCACAUCCGCGUCGAGGAGAACUCGUGGGCCCUGAACUCCCGCUAUGUUCACGGCUGUCCGGACCGCUUCAAUUUCGGGACCUCUGAGUUCGUCAAGCUCGAUGACAUCUCCCAGCUCAUCAAGAGCAUCAUCGACGAGGCCACGUUGGUCGACCCGGACACCGGCACCACCCAGCCGCGCCCGGUGGUACUCGUCUUCCACGAGGCGACGUCCGACCUAAAGUACCUUCAGUGCGUAUCGUACCAUGCCGGCGAUGCUGACAACGUCAUCGAUGUCGCCGACACCCGUGUGAUGUACCAGUCCUUGGUGCGCAAGAACGACGCGUCCAGUCUGGUGGCGGCACUCGACUACCUCGAACUCCCCCACAAGAACCUGCAUAACGCGGGCAACGAUGCCGUGUACACCCUGCAGGCUAUGGUUGGCCUUGCGGUCAAGAAGAUGGGUGUGCGAGCGGAGCGGAAGAAGGAGAGGGCUGAUGGUUAUAUCCCCUACUCCGAGUUCAAGGUGAAGGAGGGCUGGACCAGUGGCGAUGAAUCCGAUGGUGGUGUUCCGGCUGGUUUGCCUGCUGGCUGGAGCGCCGAGGGCAUCGACAACUAA